CAGUCGGUAGGGCCGGCUUUGAUAGCUACCCCUUUUCACAAAAAUGAGGGGGCGUAAAAAAGAGUGAACUAAACUUUUACUGGAAAUGGGAACGCUGUUGUGACAUUGGUAGCGUGAGCUCAUAACCACUCACUGCACCAUUCGCCAUUGUCCGGAGCUAUCUGCACAGGAAAUGGAUGGACCGAGGACAAUUACAAGCAGUGUAAUUCGCAUAUUAGGGGUUUUCACAUCCUCUCUCGAGUGGGAUGUUCAUGUUGGUCACAUGGAACGGUACUUUAUCGACCGCCAUACGGACCUGGAGAGGCAGUUUAACAUCAACGUUGACGACGGCAAGAUCACGCUGGCCAAACCACUGGACCGAGAGACGGACACGUGGCACAACAUCACCGUAACCGCCACCGAAGUCCGUAACCACAGUCAGAUCUCCCGGGCGGUGGUGGCCAUCCGGGUCAUGGACAUAAACGACAACGCCCCGGAGUUCGCCACCGAAUAUGAAGCCUUUUUGUGUGAAAAUGGAAAACCCGGACAGGUGAUCCAAACAGUCAGCGCCGUGGACAGAGAUGACCCGAUCCAGGGCCACUACUUUGAGUACCGCCUGGUGCCCGAGAUGCUCAACAAUCCCAACUUCACUAUUAAGAACAACCAAGACAACUCCAUUAGUGUCCUGGCCAAGCACGACACGUUCCGGCGGCAGAAGCAGGAGAUGUACUUCUUGCCCAUCGUGGUGACGGACAACGGCACCCCGCCCAUGAGCAGCACCAACACCCUGACCAUUCGCGUGUGCGGAUGCAGCAAGGACGGCAUCGUGCAGUCCUGCAACAUUGAGGCCUAUGUACUGCCCAUCGGCCUCAGCAUGGGGGCGCUCAUCGCCAUCCUGGCCUGCAUCAUUCUGCUCUUAGUAAUAGUAGUGCUCUUUGUGACUCUGCGGCGACACAAGAACGAGCCGCUCAUCAUCAAGGACGACGAGGACGUGCGCGAGAACAUCAUCCGCUACGAUGACGAGGGCGGUGGCGAGGAGGACACGGAGGCCUUCGACAUCGCCACCCUGCAGAACCCGGACGGCGUCAACGGCUACCUGCCGCGCAAGGACAUCAAGCCCGACCUGCAGUUCAUGCCGCGCGCCGGCCACCACUCGGGCCCCAACGGCGUGGACGUGGACGAGUUCAUCAACGUGCGGCUGCACGAGGCUGACAAUGACCCCACAGCGCCGCCGUACGACUCCAUCCAGAUCUACGGCUACGAGGGCCGGGGAUCGGUCGCCGGCUCGCUCAGCUCGCUGGAGACCACGUCAUCCGACUCGGACCAGAACUAUGACUACCUCAGGGAGUGGGGCCCUCGCUUCAGGAGACUUGGCGAACUCUACUCGGUGGGCGAGAACGACCGCGAGACCUGACCUGAAAAAACACAAAACAAGACUUUCUGAAUUUUUUUUUUUCUCUUCUGUCCACCUGUGUAUUAAGCGCUAGAGUUCUAUCGGCUUUUAGAAACAGAAAACAAGAGAAAAAAAAAAAAACAAACAGGCCACUUUUUUUGUUUUGUAUUCUUCAUAGAGUCGAGUUAUAGCAGUCAUCCACAUCGUAAUCGUUGAGCCGAAACAAGCCGUCUUUUUACUAGGAGAUUCUUGUGGAGUGUAAAAAAAAACAAACAAAAAAAAAAAGUUUAGAUUCCGUUGUGGAGUGUCUAGCAGUGUUUUGGGUGUUAGUCAUUGCUGUGACUUCCAGUAGCAGAGAGCCGGGUGGCCCUGUCCAGUCAGAGAAUCUUGAACGGACUCAAAAGCAAUACUUGGUCUACCUUACAACAAUGAAUGUAUGCGAGGAUUUGAACAACAACAAAAAGACACAAAAAAAAAAAAAAAAGGGUGUUGGCUUUGACAAAAAGUGACUUUGUUAUCAUUUGAUAUGUUCUCUCUAUGGUGGCCACAUUUCUAAACUACGCUUUAUACAACUCUUUGUAUUUACAUGCUACAGGUGGACCGUCACCAUCGAGCUAGCCUAUUAAAAAAAAAAAAAAAAAGACGCAAUGACAACAACAACAAAUGUAGAAACUCUGAGGCCUUCUUUUUACAGAAGCAAGUUAAAUUACCCAAUGUUUUUUUUUGUUGUGUUGAUUCUUCAUUACCUUUCAUCAGUUUAUGUGCAUCUUUUCCUUUCAAUGCUGAAAACUCCACAAAUAAUUGGGCUUUAGCAUCUGUCUGCUAACCUGGCAUUUGAUUCGCCAGAGAAAAAAAAGACAAAUCCAGCCCGCGUGCAUAUUGUAAGUACACUGUAUGAUAUGACGAAAGAAAAAAAAAAAGGCUUGUGCUGUACAUAGCAUUUCUGCUAACGUCAUUAGUUUCAGACAAGGCUGGUUGAGAAUUUCAAAUUUCCGAAGUGUAACAAAGACAGAAGACUCGAUGGUCAAGCGACUAGCGCGUUCUUCCUUCCGCUCACCUUUUCUGCCGUGCGUUCAAUGCUUAUCGGUGUGUAUGUUCAAUUAUUUACUCCCCUGUAUUGUAAUCUCUCCAGAUUACCUUGUAUUGUUUCCUACUUGUUCAAAUAUAUUUUUAUAAAUAGCGUUGAAUGGG